UAGAAAUAUACCUGGCUACUUUUAUUUUUGAUAAGAUGUUUUUACAUGCACUAUCAUAGAUUUUUUUACUUUAAAAACGAUUUAGUUUAUUGCAUUUGUUUUAUUUGGUUGUUGCUAUUUUGAACAAUUUGAAAAAUGCCUGGGUGUGCAGCUGUUGGAUGCACAAAUUCUAACAAAAAAGGAUUUCUCAUGAAACAUUUCCCUAAAGAUGCUGCCAGAAGGAAAAUGUGGCUGGUAAAAAUGAAGAGGGAUAAUUGGGUACCAACAAAUUAUUCAUGCUUGUGUGAAGUUCAUUUUGAAGAUCAAAUGCGGGAAAAAACAAGAGAAGAUGGUAGCAAACGGUUAAAAUGUGACGCUGUGCCUACUCAGUUUUUUUUUACCAAAGAAAUACCGAAAAGAAAACCCCCCACAGUAAGGAAAAUAAAAUCUCCCUUGAAGAAGAAUAUCCCUGAACAAAAUGCAUUAGAAAUACAAAAUCAGUAUACAUCUGAUAACAUAACUAUAAUUGAAGAAGACCAGGUAAACCAUAGUAAAAUUAGUUAUGAAAGUAUGUUAAAGAAAAUGGUUGAUUAUGAACGACAGUAUAAAAAAUCUGUUGCAAAGAUGAAUAUAUUUAAAAAUCGCCUUCAAUAUGUGACUAAAAAAUUAGAAAUGUAUGAAAAUAACACUGCAAUCCUAAAUUCAGUCUUCAAUAGUGAUCAAAUUAAAGCAAUGAAUACGAAAUCAACAAAAUUUAUGAAAUGGUCAAACUGCACAAUAACAAAGGCAUUAAAACUUAAAUUUAGCUGCGGUAACAUGUCUAUAACGAUUAGUUAA